GCACAGAAGGAGGAAGGACAGCACAGCUGACAGCUGUGCUCGGAAAGAUUUUGGAUCCAAGGUCAUCUCCACAGAGGAGAACACACAGGCAGAAGAGGCCAUGGGGCCCCUCUCAGUGCCUCCCUACACACUGCACAUCACCUGGAAGGAGCUUCUACUCACAGCAUCACUUUUAAUCUUCUGGAACCCGCCCACCACUGCCCAAGUCACGAUUGAAGCACAGCCAGCCAAAGUUUCUGAGGGGAAGGAUGUUCUUCUACUUGUCCACAAUUUGCCCCAGAAUCUUACUGGCUACAGCUGGUACAAAGGGCAAAUAAUAGACCUCCAGCAUUACAUUACAGCAUAUACAAUAGACACUGAAAUGAUUGUAUUUGGGCCUGCAUACAGUGGACGAGAAACAGUAUAUUCCAAUGCAUCCCUGCUGAUCCAGAAUGUCACCAAGAAUGACACAGGAUCCUACACCAUUCAAAUCACAAAGCGAGGUGAUGAGACUAAAGGAGUAACUGGACAUUUCACCUUAUAUCGUGAGUGAUUCCACAUGAUCCCUGGGU